GUGCUAAUGUCAAGCGAGGAUGUGGCUGCAAUCGUUGACUACAAGCGCCGGAGUAACUCGGACAACGUUAGCGCCAGUACCCGCUCAGACGGCCUGGGACCUGUGUCAUGUUCCAUCUCGCCAGAUGUGCCGUUGAACAGCGGGGACGUGGUCCCCAUGGA